GGGUUGGAGACCAGAUUGGGGGAGGUCAUUCUGUGUCUUCUGUACUCUGCUCCCAACGUCCUGAGACUAGCUAGGCACUCGCUGAGAAUGGCAGCUGGAGUACUGCUCCGCGUUCUGGUGCUUUGUAUUUUCUCUACUUGUUGUGCUCAGAUAUUCCCGUUCCGAGAUGGGCGUCGAUCAAGUGGAUUUUUCGGUCGCCGCAAAUUUAAAGAGAUUUCACUGGACAGUUAUUUGGGUCUUGAUGGUGAAAUAAGUCCCAUGGAUCACAUCAGUUCAUCACCAAGGUUCAUCCUCCUAGCCCCUAACCUCCUGAGAGCAGGAAGUGAGGCGUCCAUUUACCUGGAGGCCCAUGGCCUAACCGACCCUGUCAUCGUCACCAUAAAAAUCUCUGACUUCCCGUCCGGCAGCAGUAUUCUCUUUCAGGAGACUGUUACACUCGGCCCGGAGAACAGCUACCACACGCUCAAGACAAUCCAGUUCCGUAUCAGCGAUCUGGACAGAGUUGAGGAUUCCUCCAAGAACCAGUAUGUGAACCUGAAGGCAGAGUUCGGGUAUUAUCAUGUUGCUGAACAGGUGGUCAUGCUAUCCUUACAAGCUGGAUACAUCUUCAUCCAGACAGACAAGCCCCUCUACAACCCUGGAGACACUGUACGGGUCAGAGCCUUUGUGUCUACACCAGCCUUCAAGGCCUUCAGCAGCUCCAUCACCGUAGAGUUCCAGAAUUCAGACGGUGUUGUAGUUAAACAGAUCUCCCGGACAAAAGCUAUCAAUGGAAUCUUUGCUGAUACUCACACUCUCUCUGACAUAGUGAACGAGGGCACGUGGAAGAUCACUGCCAAAUUUGACAACUUACUACAGAACAAAUUCAGCACCGAGUUUGAAGUGAAGAAGUACGUGCUGCCUGCUUUUAAUGUCACACUGACGCCCAAGAAGACCUCCCUGAGCCUGGAUGACACUGAGUUGGUGGUGGAGAUCACUGCCAGAUACUUGUAUGGCGAGGAUGUGCAUGGAACGGCCUACGUGGUGUUCGGGGUGGAGAUUAACAAGGAGAAGAGGCGAUUGCCGUCUGUCAAGCAAGUCACCGACCUGCAGACAGGCACCGUUACAUUGACCAUGGAUGAGAUCAGGAGGGCCUACCCUGACCUCAGGUCCCUGGUUGGCAGUUCUAUAUACGUCAAAGCUUCGGUACUCACCAAAUCAGGCAGUGACCUGGUGGAGGCAGAGAAAUCUGGUAUUAAAAUAGUGGAGUCGCCCUUUGUCCUUUCCUUCAUAAACACACCGAAAUACUUCAAGCCUGGUCUGCCCUUUGACGUCAUGAUUCAAGUGAGUUUCCAAGAUGGUUCCCCGGCACCUAACGUUCCGGUCCAGAUAACCCACAUGGCCAGUCCAAUCACCAGCCACCGUGGUACCAUCAGUACCUCCAUCAACAUGCCCACUGAGCUACAGCCUCAGACUAUCACUGCGGAAACUACACAGGCAGGCCUAAAGCCCCAGCAGCAGGCAACGCAGCGCCUGAUCCUUCAGCCAUACAUGCCCUUUAACCAGGAGAGACCAAACUACCUGUACGUCUCCACCGGUACCACCACGGUCUCUCUAGGUCAGACUCUGCGUAUCAGCAUUUACAUCAAGGCUGUUGACAAAGUCCACCGAGAGCUCAUCCCUCACAUCACAUACCUGGUGCUGAACAAAGGCAGGAUAAUUAUUGCCAAGCAGUUGAAGGUCGAGGGUCAGGAAGUAACAAAUGUUCCAUUGACCAUCACCACGGAGAUGAUGCCCUCGUUCCGCUUCGUGGCGUUCUACAUGCUGCCGUGGUCGGGGUUGGCGGAGGUUGUGGCUGACUCUGUGUGGCUGGACGUGGAGGACGCCUGUGUCGGGGGGCUGAGUGUGGGCCCUGCCAGCUCCAGACCCCUGGACUACUACCAGCCAGGGAAAGGCUUAAACUUCCGGGUGAGAGGAGACCCUGGAGCCACGGUCAGUCUGGUUGCCGUGGACAACGCCGUGUUCCUGCUCAACAAGCAGAGGCUCACACAGAGGAAGAUCUGGCAGGUGGUGGAGGGGGGAGACACAGGCUGCACCCACGGCGGAGGCAGAGGCCGGAUGGAGGUCUUCAGCGACGCUGGACUGGGGUUUUACUCCAACACUGCUGGAGUCUCCCCUUCCAGAAAUGGCUUCCAGUGCCAAGGGAGGGCCAGAAGGAGGCGUUCCGCUGAAAUGUUGCAACGCAGAGCUCAGCUGGAGAGCCACUACAAAGAGAAGCUGCUUCGUCGGUGCUGUACAGACGGCCUGAGAGACAUCCCCAUGUCCUACUCCUGCACCCGACGCUCGCUCUACAUCACCGAGGGCUGGGAGUGCAUGAAGGCUUUCAGGUUUUGCUGCUCCAAGUACAGAGGGGAGGAAUUUGACACCCGCCUGCCUCCGACCACCCCUCCGCCCCCCACCACCACCGUACCCCCCACCACCACCGUACCCCCCAUCCCAGUCGAUGAUCCAGUCUGGACUUUUACGCAUAGAGUCUUUAUGAGCAGGCCCCGCUUUACUGGGGAAGAAGUCCUUGUCAGACAGUCAUCCCCCCCGGUUGUAAUGGGAAGCAGGGCGGGAAUCCAGCCAAUUUUUGUUUCUCAUUUCGCUGAAGAGGAGGAGGAUGACGACUUCAUUGAUGAGAGCCAGGUGACUGUGAGGUCUAAGUUCUAUGAGUCGUGGCUGUGGAGGGAUCUAGUGCUUCCUGGCGAGCCUGAGAAAGGAGGCAGAGACGGAUUGGCUUCACUGGACGUGGAGGCGGUUUUCCCAGACACCAUCACCCAAUGGGGGUUACUAGCCAUCAGCUCCUCACCCGUCACAGGAUUCUGUGUGGCCGAGCCGUGGAACCUGCGCGCGUGGAAGAAAUUCUUCGUGGACCUGAAGCUGCCUUACUCCGUGGCGAGGAACGAACACGUGGAGAUCAAGGCCGUGCUCCACAACCACGGCGACGAUGACAUGGAGGUUAAAGUGGUGCUACUGAAGACAGAGGACAUUUGCAGCGUGGCGUUUAACGAGAAGCACACCCAGGAAGUGACGCUGAAGGGAAAAUCGUCCCUGGUUGUCCCUUACACCAUCAUACCUCUCAAGGCCGGGGAGAUGCUCCUUGAGGUCCUCGCCAUGGCCAAGGGGUUUGUGGGUAGUGACGGGAUCAGGAAGAAUCUCCGUGUGGUGGUUGAAGGGGUGCAGAAGACCAAAGUGCAGAGUUUUGUAUUGAACCCAUCUGCGAUGGGAGGGAGAGAUGGAAGGCAAGUGGUGGAGGUGGACAAGGUGGAUUUCCACUCCCUGGUUCCUAAUUCCCAGCCGCAGACCGUCAUCAACAUCAGAGGCAACCUGCUGGCGGACACCAUAGACAACAGCAUCAGCGAGGACUCCCUGGCCGCGCUCAUCCGGAUGCCCGGUGGCUGUGUGGAGCAGAACCUGGCCAGCAUCACCUUGCCCCUAAUAGCCGCCGUCUACCUGGACCGAUCUAACGACUGGGAGACGGUCGGGGUGCACCGCCGGGCGGAGGCCAUCAGUUAUGUGGAGAAAGGCUACCAGAAGCAGCUGGUGUAUAAGAAAAGUGAUGACUCUUACCCCCCCUACAGGAAUGAAGGCACAAGCACAUGGAUCACAGCGUACGUGGUGAAGGUGUUCUCCAUGGCUCGUCAGCUGAUCACCGUGAAUGAUCAGGACAGGUGUGGACCUCUGCUCUACCUGCUCAACAACAAACAACAGACCUCCGGAGUUUUCAGAGAGGACAACCCCGUAUACACCACUACUAUGACCGGGGGCGUUCAGGGGGCCGAGUCCCAGGCCACUCUCACAGCCUUCGUCCUCAUAGCCAUGGCCGAAUCCACUAAGGACAAGGAGCUGAAAUGCGAAGGGUCUGGCAACAUCAUCAAGGAGGGGGUCAAGAAUGCUGCCAACUAUCUGAGAAGCAGGUUCGCUCGUCUGGAAAGGCCGUACUCUGUUGCUAUCACUGCCUACGCUCUGUCCCUGGUCGACGGGCCUUCUUCCAUCUCCCUCAGAGAUGUUCUGCUCAAAGCAGCCUCCCCAGAGGGGACCUACUGGGCAGACAGCGAGAACAGCCUCUUCACGCUGGAGGCGACGGGCUACGCCCUGCUGGCCCUGGUGAAUACUGGUCACAUGGCCGAGGCCGCCGCCCCGUUCGACUGGCUCAACGCUCAGCGCCGGAGGGGCGGGGGCUAUGGAUCCACCCAGCCCACCAUGGUGGUCCUACAGGCUCUGUCCGAGUACCUGCUGAAGAAACCCCCUCCCAAAGAUCUGAGUCUCCAGGUGGAUCUGAAGAUCCACGGGCGCAGCGACCUGCGUUACAACUUUGACCCCAGGACCUCCUAUGCGGCCCGGUCAUCCAAGGCUCCUGUGGACCAGGGGUUCACAGUGGAGGCCAAAGGGAAAGGCCAGGGUAUAUUAGAGGUUGUGACCUAUUACAAUGAGCUGCCAGCGGUCCAUGAGAAGAGCGUCUGUAAGAACUUUGACCUGGAGGUGACCAUCGCGGAAUCUACUGAAAAACCUCCUGCAGAUGCAGAGAGGUCUUACAGCAUCACCAUUAACAUCAGGGCUCUAGGUCCCAGGGAGGUCCGGAUGGUUGUCCUGGACAUCAGCCUGCCCACCGGGUUCGUCCCGGAGAACGACGACCUGGAGAGGAUGACCAACUCCGUGGACCGCUACAUCAACAACUUCCAGAUAGUGGACAACCUGAGUGACAGAGGCUCCCUCAUCAUCCACCUCUUCAAGGUUUCCAACAAGGAGACAGAGACACUCACUUUCAGACUCCAACAGACCUUCAAAGUGGGCCUCCUCCAGCCCUCCUCUGUUACUGUCUACGAGUACUACAACCCAGAUCAUAGCUGCAUUCGCUUCUACACUCCCAAAGAGGACCAGAAGGAGCUGUCGCAGAUCUGCAGGGAUAAUAUAUGUCGCUGCACUGAGGGUGACUGCUGUGUGUCGAAGUCCACAGAUGUCCUAAUCCCCUAUGGAGCACGAGAAGACCUCGCCUGCAAAGGGUUAUAUCAUGUGUACAAGGCAAAGGUUUUGAGUGUCAUUCAGAGUCAGUAUGACCGGUAUGAGAUGAAGAUCACAGAGGUUAUAAAGCUAGGUGUGGAAGAUGGAAUCAUUGUGGAUGAGACUAGGGUCUUCCUAUCUCAUUCUGGCUGUAGAGGAGGUCUUGACCUGAAGGAGGGUGCCGACUACCUCAUUAUGGGACCGAAGAAAGACCUCUGGCACAAGGACAGCAGUAACAGUGUCACGUACAUGCUGGGUAAGGACACCUGGGUAGAGCGCUGGCCGUCCAGAACAGAGUGUGACGGGGAUCCCAACCUCAAGGCCAGAUGUACUGAUAUGGACAACUUCAGCAGGGAGCUCUCUGAGAAGGGCUGCCGUUUUUAAGUGGCCUCGCUUGUCGGCACAAGUCAACCGACCACCAGUGUCACGUCAAUAGUCACUGCCAGUUUCUUAUCAUUUACUUCUGGGUGAACUGGAUGAUCCGCGUUCUGUUGUCUAAUCGGCAUGGUUACCGUUGGAGGAAAACAGAGGCUAGAAUUAAAAUCCUAAACGUGGCAGGACUGAUGUUAAGCCUGGGUGGGUCUUGGAUUGUGUUACUGGGGGAUCAGCCAUUAGACACAGAGCUACUGCAGAUGGCAUACACCCACAACAGACACACACACACACACACACACACACGCAAAGAGUGAUGAUUAGAACACUCAGGUGGCUCAAUGGAAUAUUGUCUCACUACUGUGUAGAAUGAAUUGGUUCCAGAACAUUCUACAGACAGGGAAAAACUGAAUAAAGUACUCCAGGGAGAUUCUCUCUGGACAAACACUGUA